CGUCGCUAGCACUACAAUAUCAAUACUAUUGAAGCCUACACGACCUCUUUUCUGGUUUUGUCGGGUAUUUGAGGAAUUACACUUCAUUCCGAACUCCCGUUUGCAUAUUAGGCACUGUUAGUUGCGCUUUUAGUGCUUGGCUUUGUUGUGUAUAUGAUAGUCUGUACUCUACCAUGUUUACCCCCUGAACGGAACAAAAAAACACUACACACAGUUACACACACAGAAACAGUAGUCUCCCAUCAUGGAGGCUAAAACGAGCAAUAUGAGCCACGAUGAAGCUACUCCGUCUUCUGACCAGGUUUACGUGCCCGACACCGAGGAUGAGAAGAAACUCGUCCGCAAGAUCGACAUGUACCUCCUCCCCUGCAUCUGGAUCAUGUAUCUGUUAUCCUAUAUGGACCGAACCAACAUCGGCAAUGCUCUCAUCGCCGGGAUGGACAAAGACCUCGACCUAGACUCGUCCCGCUACAGCAUCGCCCUGGUCGUCUUCUUUGUCACUUACGUCGUCUUCGAGGUCCCCUCCAACAUGGUCCUCAGCCGCACCCGCCCUUCCCUCUACCUCCCGGGGAUAAUGAUCAUCUGGGGCUCCAUAACCUGCGGCAUGGCUUUUACGCCAAGCUACCGGGCGCUCAUCGCCUUUCGCGUGUUGAUGGGCAUGUUUGAGGCGGGCUUCGCACCGGGCGUCUUGCUGCUGCUGUCGUCGUGGUACAAGAAGGAGGAGCAGAGCAAGCGCUUCGCAGUCUACAUCAGCGCCGCCAUCUUGUCUGGUGCCUUUGGUGGGCUGCUGGCCGGAAGCAUCACGAGCGGUUUGGAUGGCGUUCAUGGUAUUCGUGGGUGGAGGUGGUUGUUUCUGGUCGAGGGAUCUGCUACCAUUGGCUUUGCAGUGAUUGCGCUGUGGAUCUUGCCCGACUUUCCCGCGACGACGUCGGCUAGGAAGUUUAGCCAGGCUGAAAAGACGCUUGCUGUGUUGAGGCUGCAGAACGAUAAUCAGCAGAUUCGAAACGACAACGGGCCGAGGAUGGGCCACUUUGAGGCUUUGAAGCAGAGUGUCAAGUCGUGGAGGACGUGGCUAUUUGUCGUGGGAUACAUGGCCAUCGUCGGCUCCUCCACCCUCUCCUACUUCUACCCAACCCUCAACACCGGCCUCGGCUACGACGCCAACACCUCUCAAUACAUGACCAUCCCCAUCUUCGCCGUCGCCUUCGUCGCGACCGCCGCCACCGGCCUCCUGGCCGACCGCAACCCAGAGUGGCGCGGCCUGAUCCUGGGCGGCUGGAUGAGCGUGUCCAUGCUGUGCUCCAUCGUGGUCUGCGUCGUCUACAACUUCAAGGCCCGCUACGCCAUGCUGGUCGUCAUGGCGUCGGGGCUCUGGGCUUCCAACGGCCUCGCUCUCAGCUACGCGUCUGUUAGCUUCGUCGCCAUGCCCGACGAGGUCAGGGGUAUCAGCCUCGCGCUCGUCAACGCCAUGGGCAACCUCGCGCAGAUUUAUGGUGCUUAUCUCUUCCCCAGCAGCGACAAGCCAAAUUAUAUAAUGGGGUUUUCGGUUAUCAGUGUCAUGUGUUUUACGGGUGUUGUUGCCUAUACUUCGCUGUUUCUCUUGAUGAGAAGGUAUCCCCUGGGUUUUGGUAGCAAGGCUUGA